AUGGAGCCUGUGGGCGCCUGGGGCCCUGCGCAGGUGGCAGCCUGGCUGCGAGGGCUGGACGUGGCGGUGCAGGGGUACCCCUUUGAGGCGUGGGGGCUGGCGGGUGCCGAGCUGCUGGGGCUGUCGGCGGGGGCCCUGGAGGCGCUGGGCGUGCGGCGCGUGGGGCACCAGGAGCUGCUGCUGGACGCCGUGGAGCAGCUUCGAGUCCUGGACACGGAGCUGGCGAGCACCAGCCUGCGGACGCUGACGGAGGGGCUGCGGGAGCUGGCGCAGCGCACCCAGACCCUGGUGCUGGAGGGGCCGCCCGGGGCUGCCACCCCCCAGCCGCCCCCCUUCGCCCUGCUGGCCUGCGUGGUGGAUCUGAUCGGGGCCGCCAAGGGGCUCUUCUCCUGGCUCAACAGGUACCUCUUCUCCACCCUGAACGACUUUUCGGCCAGCAGGGACAUCGUCCUGCUCUGCGCCCGGCUGGCGGAGGUGCUGCAGGCGGACUGCUCGGCAGUGGAGAGGAACGGCCAGAUCCUGCUGAUCUGCCAGCACAUCGUGGGCAUCUGCGAGAGCAUCGUGGGCUGCAGCCCCCCGGCUCUGCUGGACCGCAGAGCUGUGCUGGAGCGUGUGGGGCUGGUGCCGCCCCCCGAGCCGUGGGGCAGCCCCCCGGCAUCUCCAAGCACCCCCACACUGCCCCCCAAGCUGUGGAGCAGCCCCCCAGCCUCCCCCAGCACCCCGACGCUGCCCUGCAACCCGCUGGUGAGUCCCCCGGUGCCCCCCACCUUCCCUUUCUUGCCCCCCCCCCUCACACGGCCCCCCUUUUAGGGCCUGGACAUCACCUCCACCAGCUCCUGCCUGCACUUCGUGUCCGCGACCAACUUGGAGGCCCUGGCUGCGCAGGGGGGCCGCGUCCUGCCCGGAGAUGAGAUCGUGCAGGUCAACGAGCAGGUGGUGGUGGGCUGGACACGCACCAACCUGGCGAAGAAGCUGCUGGAGAAGGCGAGUGGGGUGACGCUGGUGCUGAAGAAGGUCCCCCUCAGCCCGCCUGGCUCCCCUUUACCUCCCCGGCAGCAGGUGCCAGGAGCCUUUUCGGAUGCUGCGGAUCCUCCCGGUGCCAAAAGCAGCGAGUGCCCCGGCAGCCCCGUGUCCCUGACGUCCAGCGCGGCCGCCGACGUGGAUUCGGGGCCGGACUCUGCACCGGACCCCGGCACCGACGACGAGGACGAGCGUGACACGAGCCUGCCCGGGGAGGACGUGGGCGAGCUCCCCCCGGCACCGCUCGGCCGCGGUGCCGUGGAGGACGCGGCGUGGGAGGCCAGCACCCCGCCGGGCACCCCGUGCUCGCCACGCGCCCCCGCCGGACCCCGCACCGCGGAGCUCAGCCCCUUGGCAGCCCCCGGGGCUGGGGCUCAGGGCGCAGAGCCCGACCGGAUCCCUGGGGAGGGCAGCCCCGAGACUGGACGCAGACCCAAAGGAGUGGCGACCAGGCUGAGCCGCCGGCGGGUCUCGUGCCGGGACCUGGGCCGGGUGGACUGCGAUGGCUGGCUCCUGAAGAAGAAGGACCACGUGGGCUUCAUGGCCCAGAAGUGGAAGCGGUGCUGGUUGGUGCUGAAGGGCCACACGCUCUACUGGUACCACCACCCCAACGAUGAGAAGGCUGCGGGUCUCAUCAACCUGGCCACCUACAACCUGGAGAGCACGAGGGAGCAGAAGAAGAAAUACGUCUUCCAGCUCUCCCACGAGAGGUACAAGCCCUUCAUCUUCGCCGCAGAAACGCUGGCGGAUUUAAGCAUGUGGGUCAGUCACCUGGUAACGGCCAAGACGAAGCAUGCGCUGGCCCACCAGCCGGUGCCACACAGGGAGGAAGACUGCUACAGCGAGACAGAAGCCGAGGACCCUGAUGAUGAAUCUCCCCGGCAGGGCUGUGACUCGCCAAAGAAAAGGCUGCAAAACACCCCAGAAAAAGGCCAGCUCUUCCUGACCAGCGGCGAACCUAGCAGCGCAGCCAGCAGCCCCCAGGGCAGCCCCCGGCCCCGGUCACCCGAGGAGCCCGGCGAGGAGGACCUCGAGAGCCUGAUGCAGUGCCUGAAGCAGGGGGGGGUGUCCCUCAUCGGGCGGCAGCGGUUCCUGACGCAGGAGCAGUGCCGCAAGUCCUUCAUCCGGCGCAACAAGAACCCCCACGUCAACGAGAAAGUGCACGCGGUGCGGGCCCUGCAGAGCACGCUCAAGGCGAAGCUGGCGGAGCUGCAGGCCCUCGAGCAGCUGCUGGACGACGACACGCUCACCUCAGAGAAGUUCAUGCGCUGGAAGGAAGAGCACCAGGACCUGUACCAGGAGCUGCAGGAGUGCUGGGCACAGCGGCAGGGUCAGGGCGGCGGCGGUGGAGACCCCAAGGCCGAGCAGAGCUCCCCAGGAGAGGCAGCCAAACCCUGACACCCCCAGGACCUCUCUGGCAUCAAUCAUUCUCCAUAAAACUCAUGGUGCUGCCGGUGCUCUGCCCGCCCUGGGGUGGGGGCAUGGCAGGAUUUGUGGCAGGUCUGAAGGCUCUGACCCCUUCUGCUACAUCGCCCACGGGAGCGGGACGUUGCAGGGAUGGUCUUGCUUUUUCCAAGGACGUUUUGCCUCGGCCACAUGUUCACAACUGGGGCCUUUUCCUGGAGGAACACGCUCCCACCGUGUGCCAGCAUGGUGCCUCUAGCUGGGCUCUCUUCUGUAAAUAAAAACCGUGUCGGUGA